CUCUUGAAAUUACACACACCAAAGACUCUGCCUGAUUCAUUGCAUCUGGCUGAACUCCCUUUAGCCAGGAAAAACCUGCAAAACCAAAUGAUAAGCUGCAUGUUCAGACACAGAACUUCAGUUACAGAACAACAAGGACACCAAGAAGACCUGCUGAUGACAACAGAAGAGGACAUGGAGAUGAUAUCUGUUUUCAACUAAAGACUUGAUGGGAGACGACUGGCUUCAUUGUGCUGGCACUCAACUUGUCCCUGCAGUGUAAGGUUACUGACCCCAAAGAAAGAAGAAGAAGAAAAAAAGGAGCAAAGUUUUUCAGCGACAGUUUCUAUCAACCAAAACCACCGACGCCCGCUUCUGAUAGAAAAGAGAUAAACAUUUGGAAGACUAGACUAACUGAGACAGAGUUAGAGAAAGUUUUAUCCCGUCUUUAGUCGCUUUGUGUGGUGGUCCUGUGAGCGCUCAGCUGCGCAGACGAGAGGGGCACGAGUGACGUCAGCUUACGUUUCUGAGGCUCUCACUGUCUGACCAUGCAGACCUGCUGCAGGUGAACACACUGCCAUGUAAAGUGUUCAUAACUAUCAUCAAAUACAACUUAAAGAGGUUAGAAAGAGAUUUAUUGUUCUGGUAUUUACUUUCAGAAAGUGUGGAGCUUCAUAUUUCUAUUAGUGCAGCUGAAGCAGCACAGUAUCUCCCAACAGACACACUCAAACACAUACACACACAUUUAUUUACAGUAGGCUCCUUUGCUGACAUUGCAUCACCCCAGUUCCUUAUUUGCAGAGGAAAUUAAAGGGAAGUUGGACAAUGUGACCUAUAGGGCUUUGUCUUUGAGGAAGAGAAAUAGGCAUCAUAGUUUAAAGAGAAGAGAGGAUUGACUAGAUCACAGCGACACAGAGUAGGGUGAGAAGGAGCGAAGAGGUGACUGAGGGAGAAGGGUCAGGAGAUAAUAAAACAAUCAACCAGCCUCAGCAGGAAGAGAAGAUGUGUGGACAAGUGGCAAAGAGCUGCUGGCUGCUGCUCACACUCUCUCUGAAAGGUAUACUUGCAGGUGAUUGGUCCGUUCAUAUCCCCGGUCCUAUCUGUGCUGUGAUUGGUUCUACUGUUGUUCUCCCUUGUUCCUAUGACUACCCCCAAAGUUCUAAUGAAACCAAGGAAGAGGGACGGCUCCCUGCUCAGGAUGGGGGAGAGAUACAACAGUACAAAGUUUUGUCUGAGAUGUGGUGUCUCGAAAACAGUCGUUGCAUCACACCAAGAUAUGUCUUCCACAGUAAUGGUAUCGCCCUCGAUCCAUCCUACCAGAACAGGGUGGAGUACCUGGGUCAACCAGGAACAAAAAACUGUUCCCUGAGGAUUUCUGAUCUGAGACCGUCGGACAGCGGAGCAUACGUGUUUUACCUCAUCACCAGCCAUCCUACACAGAAGAUGCCAGAGCAGAGUGGUGUACAGCUGCUGGUGACAGAGUCCUCCAGCACAGUCGCAGUGUUAGCAAGUCCCCCCAGUGACGCCACCGAGGGCACGGCCUUACGUCUGGCCUGCUGCAGCCUUGCGGACAGUCCACAGGUCAGUUACAGAUGGUACAAAAGCACAAGCACCACCCCGAGACAUACUGGACAGGUGUGGAACAUCAGUGAGGUUACAUCCGAAGACUCUGGCAGCUACUACUGUCAGUUACAGACUGAAGAUCAAGUGGAAAACUCAUCAAUGCUGAAAGUUAAUGUAGAGUACUCUCCUCGAAACACAGUUGUCUCAGUGUCUCCUGCUAAGGAACUACAGGACGGAGUUCCUGUGACUCUGACCUGCAGCAGUGAUGCUAACCCACCUGUGCGCACAUACACCUGGUACCAGGGUAAAGCAUGUCUCCCUACAGCAGACAAAAGCUUUCAUCCAGCAAGACAAUCCAUGGCUAAGCCUGCAGGAGGAGGCCUGACACUCAGCAGUGCCAGCAUCACCACUAAGGAACACGGGCAGCACUGCUGUGUAGCACGCAACAGACAUGGAUCAGACACUUACAUCGUAACGCUCACAAGUCCCAACAACUCUUUGGGAAGCAGAUUGCUGGUUGUGGGAGUGACCAUUUGUGUUCUACUGGCUAUUAUGGCCAUAGUGGCCUUUGUUAUGGCAAGGAGACGGAAAACAUCCACACACCAGUCAUAUGUCCUCACCCAGACAACUGCUACGUCACCUUAAGUGUCUCAGCAAGACCAGGACCAGAACUAACUUUAAAAAAAACAAAAAUAUAAUUUUUUUUUUCAGUAACUCAAGAUUGGUAGAUUUUUUUUUUCACACUACCAUCGGACACUUGUUAACCUUCACGCCUCAUGUUGCCAAGUAGACCUCUACAACAUACCCUCAAACCAACCAAUGCCUUGAGUUGAUGACUUACGUCAAGUGCACAGAAGCAAAACAAUGCUGUUGACAGUGGCACCAACUCACAGUGUGUGACAACUGAAAGAUAUGAUAGACAUUCCUGUAAAUUUAAGCAAGCUGGACACAAUGCUAAAGCCUUUCAGUCCUGGAUUUCAAUGCACUCAGUGUAACAAGAAUGAACUUGGUCUUCUUGGGCUUAAAGAGACUAAAUUAAUUAUUUAUUAUUAUCAGUUUAAUUACAAAACCAAAAGAGCUGAAGCAAAAACUGCCUUUAUUCUGCUGGCUUGUGAUCUCAUUAUUUUUUCCAUAUGUUCAAGUUUCAUUUUUCUUUGGAGGAAGCUAAAUGCUGCUGUCAGGAUUUAACAAAGCAAAGAUAACAGACUGCAAAUCCUCUGUCGCCUCACUACCAAACUCCCUCUAGUUUGUGCUCUUGUCGGUUGAACCGCUGCAGUGAAUGAUGUGAAUUUGAACACAUCCUCCACUGUUCAUCACAUUUAAAGACCACAUCCGGCGUUGGAUUUUAACAAAACUCCACCGAGUGCACCCAGUGCUGUAUGAGCGAUGUCCAGAAACAGCUGUUACCGAGAGCCUGUUGGUGAUGAUGAUGAUGAGCAUGAAGAUGGAUGGAUGACGGAAAAUAGACUCAUAAUGAUCCAAUUAAAAGCUGUUAGCAGUUAGGACCGGGUCAUAUCUGUGUGGUCUUGUAAACUCUUCAGUGUGAUAAGGCUCAAACAGACACUGACCAGAGCCUGAGGAUGAAAACCAGGAGGACAGUGACUCUGACACCCGGACAUCCAUUUACAAAAUGUUCUUGAAUAUAAACUCUUUAUCUCAUUAGUCUAUUUUUAGAACUUUGCUUUUGUCUGAUUUAUUAUAUUACCCUGAGCUGAGUAAAGUGGUGCACACAUCUUUGAUUUUUUAAAUAAUGGUUAAGUAAACAAGGAAGUAUGGUACUUCAUUUCCAAAAUGUUUAAAGAGACAGUGUCAGAUACCGUAUGUGCAGAGCAGUUUAAGAGAUGUUUUGUUCAGUUGCAUUUACUGUACAUGUUUAACGUUCAUGUGAUGUUUUAAAGCUGGGCUACACAGGGUUUUACAUCAUUGGGCAAAAAUUUCCAGAAAACUGCAUACUGCAGCUUUAAUGAAAAACAUCGAUAAUCAGUGGGGCACAUAUUGUACUGCCAUAAAUUCCAAUACAUAUUCUGAGUUUUUAAUUUAAAAGCAAUUUUAAACUAUAAUGUAUGUCAUCUGAGAUUUUUUUCAUAUGUAAUGUAUUUAGUAGACUGAAGAUUGAUACCAAGAUUUUGUCUUAGAACUAAU